CUCAGAAAGGCCUCAAUCAACUCAAUUGAUCCCCAGUCUUUGCUUGCCAUGGUUUUGAAAGUUGGUUACAUCCCAGAACACUUCAGCACUCCGCUGUUCUUUGCUCAGUCGAAGGGGUUCUUCAAAGAGCGCGGUCUCGAAGUUGAACUGAUCCCUUAUCCAUCUGGAUCUGGGCAUCUCAUCCAAUCCCUUGAGGAUAACUCGAUUGAUAUCGCCAUUGGUCUGACAGAGGCGUUUGUGAGAGGUAUUGCUCAAGGUAAGGAGAACUAUAAACUGGUUGGGACGUAUGUUAAGAGUCCGUUGCGCUGGGCCGUCAGCACAGGCAUCAACAGUGAUAUCACUAAUAAGAAUGAGCUGGCGGGUAAGAAGAUUGGUGUCAGUAGAAUUGGUUCAGGAUCAUUUGUCAUGGCUUAUGUUCUGGCGUUGCAGCUGGGCUUCCCACAGCCUUUCUACGAAAGCUUCCCAGUGCUUUCAACGUUCAAGAAUCUGAGAGACUCUGUUAACAAGAAGGACGGCGUGGAAGCGUCCGAUGCUUUCAUGUGGGAGUACUUCACAACAAAGAGAUACUACGAUAACAAAGAAGUCAAGUACAUUGGGGAUAUCUACACCCCUUGGCCAUCAUGGGUCAUCACUGCGAGAACUGAGAUCGUUCAGGAGAAGGCGCACGAUCUGAAGCAUUUCUUGAGCGGUGUCGAAGACGGUAUCGCAUACUUCUCUCAUAACCCUACAGAGGCUGUCCAGUAUAUCUUCAACAAUUUGGACUACACUGAAGAAGAUGCACAAGAGUGGAUCAAGACUGUCGAAUUCCAAGAUGUCGGAAGAGUCAGAAAGAUUGAUCGUCACACCGUAAUUGUGCACACUUAUAAGAUAUUGAUGGCAGCAGGGGUCUUGGAGGAUCCUGAAGAAACCGUGAUUUCCAGACUGGAUUCCGGGGUGGUCACUCUGUGAUCUUCAACUCCACUAUCUAUACGUUAUAUACCUAUGGCUAUCGUCAUGAAUAUCCAUAACACGCGAAAUACAUAUAUACUGGAUACGGA